AAUAAUUUAAAUCGUAUGGUUGUCAUAAUAUUGUUUCAGGAAUCUUCCGAUCCCUUGGCACCACCUUCUACUUAUAAGGCCACUGCAGCAACAUCACCUGCCAAGGACGAUAUAACACCAGCAGUUCUGCCCACGGAAUCCGUUCAUGUCAAUUUAGAUGCCAGGAUACCAAGCACACCGAAACAAGGCAGCCAAAGGAGUAGUGCUGCUCCACCAUCAGCUCCGGCAAGCCUAGCACCAACGGCCAGCAUCAACAAGACAUCACAACCAGCAGUGAUCGACAUUCCGAAACAGUCCGUCAAUGUUGUUCAACCGAUCCAGUCAAUGCGCACAAUUGAACUCUCAACCGGUCGCGUUCGGGAAGGUUUCGCAAACGGCGAUGUCAUCGUUACAUUGUUACCAACCAAUACUCGCUGGCCUUGGAUAACACCGGCUGUAUUCCGCCCAGAGCUCGUACCAGAGGAACUAAUGGCCCAAGGGUUAACGCUCACCGUCGAGGAAUACGUGCACGCCAUGGAAACUCUUGUGAAUGACUAUCGGUUCACUAUGUACAACAUAUGUUACAAACGAGUCUUGGUUGUGUGGAUCCUGUUUGCCUUCGUUGUUUUGUUGGGACUGCUAUUCUCUGGCCUAUAUGGAAUUACACUGUUCUCGCUGGGAGUUGGUUGGCUUUUCCUUAACGCUGCCGCUAUUUUCUUGUGUAUGUGGGUGAAGUUACGCCUUGCCCGUGGACUCGAACGAUGCAUGGCUCGAGUGAACAAACAAUUGAUACGACAUAAAAUCCUGCUGGCAUUGGAUGACCGAGGACACAUUUCUUGUCACAAGGUUAACCUUUGCUUCAUGUACUUUGAACCAUCGCAGUGCAUCAGCUAUCUGAACGAGUUUAUCGAAAGGAGCGAACAGAACGGAAACACCAUCGAGCCUGGAUGGGAGAGUCGAUUGGAUGUGGCUACAAAUGAUAUCGUGAUUCAAGGAGCCAACACUACUCGCCUGUCGAGAAAGCAGGAACGAGGACUGCUGCUGUUGCUGCGUUACGCCUCUAGGUGGGGUAACGAGACGAUGCGUGGAUUGCUUGAUGUAACGUCCGUCGAACCUGCUCGUCACUGUCGUCAGUUUCAGUGUCCUUGUCAGUAUAUUGAAUUCCACCUCAAGUGCAAACCUCAAGGUUUCCUACGUAGUUUCACCUUCGGAGUCCAGCCAAGCAUUUCUGGUUCACAUUCUGCUGCAUAUUAAUAGUUGAAUAAAGUAUUUCUUUCAAAGGCA